GAGUUUGGAAUUGAGUGGAGAAAAGAGGCACACAGCACAUACACAAUACAGCAUCAUCAUAGCAGCAACUUCAUCCGCAGAGACAGAAAGAGAGAGAUACAAACAAAUUAACAAAUCUCUCUCUCUCUCUCUCUCUUAGAUCUUAAAAUCGUGUGUGUGACCAUUUCGGAUCUCAAUUGACGGCGUUAGGGUUUUCAAGGGUUUUUCCUUUUUCUUCAAUGGCUACUCCUUUUCCCAUUCCUCUCACCGCUGCACAGGUUGGGACUUACUUCGUCGGUCAGUACUAUCAUGUUCUUCAGAAUCAACCUGAGUUCGUUCAUCAGUUCUACUCUGAUGCCAGUACCAUGCUUCGUAUCGACGGCAACUCCAGAGAAACCGCCACCGCAAUGCUUCAAAUCCAUGCACUGGUUAUGUCACUCAGUUACACUGGAAUUGAAAUCAAGACCGCACAUUCUUUGGAGUCUUGGAGUGGCGGUGUUAUUGUGAUGGUUUCUGGAUCUGUGCAAAUUAAGGACAACCAGAGGAGGAAAUUUAUGCAGACAUUCUUCCUUGCACCACAAGAAAAAGGCUUUUUUGUGCUCAAUGAUAUUUUUCACUUUGUUGAAGAUGACCUAAUUCACCACCACCAUCACCAGGCAGUCUUGUUAGCUCAGAGCAAUCUUGAUCCAAAACUGAAUGUUCCAAGUACAAUUAAUAACACAGUGUCCAGCUAUAUGCUAGGGGGAGAUAUCCAAGCUAGGGAGUAUGCUGCUACAAAUGAGGUCAAAGAAAACGGUGUAGCUGACAAUUACGGAUUUUCAGAUCAAAGAAUGCAACGGGGCCCUGAUUCUGAACAUAUUAGGGAGGAUAAUGCUGCUGAAGAGUCAAAUGGAUCACUCCAUUCUUCAGGGAAUGCCGUGCAAGAUCUCCUACCUGCUUCUCCUGAUGAACCUGCCGGGGAGCCACAAAAGCACACUUAUGCCUCCAUUUUGCGGGUUGCUAAAGGACAAUCUACACCAUCUGCUGCUUCUCAGCCCUCUCAUAAGAAUGUCUCCCAAUCAGAAUGGGAUCUUACUCCACCGAGCAGUAAUCAGCAAACAACUGUUUCGGCAAAUACAUUUGAAAGAUCUGAAACAGAUGCAGUGGAAGAGCUUCCUGCAGCAGAAUAUGAAGAUGAAAUUAAAUCCGUUUAUGUGAGAAACUUGUCGCCUACAGUGUCUCCAUCUGAAGUGGAAGUGGAAUUCAAGAAUUUUGGUAGAAUCAGGCCUGAUGGUGUUGUCAUAAGAAGUCGCAAGGAUGUUGGUGUUUGUUAUGCAUUUGUUGAAUUUGAAGAUAUGUCAGGCGUUCAUAAUGCAGUCAAGGCAGGAUCUGUUGAGAUAGCAGGAAGACAAGUAUACAUUGAAGAGCGGAGACCGAACAGUAACAUUCCUUCUCGAGGAGGAAGACGGGGUAGAGGCAGGGGUAGCUAUCAAUCAGAUGCACCAAGAGGGCGUUUCAAUUCAAGAAGCUAUGGCAGGGGAAAUGGUCAAGAUGGUGGUGAUCGCGAGUACAACAAACCAAGGGGAAAUGGUUACUAUCGACCAAGCCAACGUCAAGAGAGGGGAUAUUCAGGUCACCAUAUACCAAGAAAUGGGCAGAAUCAGGCAGAGUCCUCAGUCAACUAAUUAAAAUAUUUAGAGUCCAAUUUUGUGUCAGAUAUUUCAGUUUCAAUAGAUUAGACCAAAUACUGGUAUUUUUUAGUCUUAAAUUUUGUUGAAGAGGGUUCUAUUCCAUUUGUUCUCCAGGAAUUUUUGGGUGAGAUGGUAAUGUGUUUAUUUAAAACAUGACAUUUGCUUAGUCCCAAUUGAAAUAUGAAAUAGUUCUUAUUAUCAUUAAUUAAUAAUAAAGCUCUAGAGUUUGAUACUAAUAGCUUAAAU